CGUUUCUGUGGUUAGUUCAAGGACCACCCCCACGGUUGGAUGAAACAGUUUCAGAAAGUUGUGUUACACGUGUAAGCUCAGCUUCUGGUUCUGGUCGUACUUUGUGUUUUAUGCGUGUUCACUCAUUCAUCCUCUGAAACACUCAUGCCGGAGUUGGUUCACUGAGCGCGAUCCAGCUGCGUUAGUCACCAGGUGGAGACAGAUGGAGGACUCCUGGACAGGAUUCUGUACACAGGUGCCACCGGUCCCUCCGACCACCACCGGCAGGUGAGGAGGGUGAACGAGGAAAACUGAUUCUGGAGCCAGAGAGCCAUGCAUCCAGGUGAGUCCAACCACCUGGCAGAACCCCUCAACCUGACACACCAUCUCACACACUUUCCCCGCCAGGAAGAUGAUGUUUCACGUGCCGAGAGCUAGCUUCUGUAGGCGAGGAUCAGGCCUUCUGCCACCACCCCAACUUCUUUGGCCCCUCCCCCUAGUGGUGAGCCCAUGGGAAGGUGGACAGCUGAGCUCCAUCAGUAAAAGCCCUGCUGGACCGGACCGUUGCUGACCCCCGUCCUGCUGAGGAAGCCCUAUCCAUCAAUGUUUAUCUUAGUAAGGGGUCUUUGGAGCGCACUUUGCACACAAUUAAAUGUUUCAGACAUGCUGCAAGCGUCUCCGGCAGACCCAGAACUGAAGAAACGUGCAUAUGCUGAAGACAAAGUAGGUGUGCAACUGAGAACAUUUCAUCACUGAUGCAGCUGAAGUUCAGGACAACUGGGGGACCCCAGGAUCUAGUGGGUCUGGACCAUUUGGGGCAAGGCUUCUGUCUUUGUUUCCAUGGUAACACUGAGCCCACAGCUUCAUCGGUUCUGCUCCAGAUAUCCAGAGUCAGCAGUGGAUCACGUGACCUUCAGUGCUGAUGAUGUGAGGGUGAAGCAUGAAGGUCACAGUCACGGGAAUGUCAUCAGGAGCAGGGAACAUACAUUAUGUUUCACCAAGAUGGAAACCCAACAUUCAGCCGAACCAUAAUGAUGGUGGCACCAUGAAGGGUAGCCCGACGAUUGGAUCAGAAAUCAAUUCUGGUUCUGCUGAGCAGAUAAAGCUUCAUCCAUGGGUCUCUAACUUCCUCGUUCUCCUUCAGCCGGCAGAACUUCACCUGCUGAGCUUUUGGCAUAACCCAGAGCAGAGGGGGCGGGGCUAACCUGGGCAGCAGUCCAAACCCAGAGACACGGGAACGUCCAGUAUCCCAUAUGUCCUCAAACUCCACACUGUCUGUUCUGAUCAGUAACCGGGUCAGAGCGCCCCUGAGGGUUUGACCCAGAGACUUGUUGACAACAGGACAGAGAGGGGGGGACAUAGGAGCAGAGGGACAGGAGCUAAGUACGGAGAGGAGAUCUGAUUGGUGUUUGGGGACUCGGGUCUAGUUCAGACCAACUUCACUACAAACUCACCAAGGUCAACAGAAAAACUGCAGGAACCAAUCAGAACAGAGCAUCAGUUGGUUGGGUGCAGUGAUUGGCUGUUUACUUUAGAGAUUUAUUUCAGACCUCCGUUUGUUUAACUUCAGUUUAGUUUCAUUACUACUUCUAAUUUAUUACAUUUUAAUUAUGAUCGCUUGUUUUUAUAUGAAGAAGUGGUUUGUUUGUUUGUUUGUUUGUUUGUUUAGUUUGGGGCGACAGUGCCACAGGAGUUAAGCGCUUGCCCUGUAAUCGGAAGGUUGCAGGUUUGAGCCCCGCUCAGUCUGCCGUUGUGUCCUUGGGCAAGACACCUAACCCACCUUGCCUGCUGGUGGUGGUCGGAGGGACCGGUGGCGCCUGUGCUCGGCAGCCUCGCCUCUGUCAGAGCGCCCCAGGGCAGCUGUGGCUACAUCGUAGCUCAUCAUCACCAGCGUGUGAAUGGCUGAUUGCAGUCUAAAGAGCCUUGGGGGGUUCCAGGACUCUAGGAGAAAUGUAUCAAAUACAGGCCAUUUAUUUGUUUGUUUUUGUUUAUUUGUUUUGUUUGGAGUUUUUAUUAUUUGGUUCAAUUUAACAUUUUAAAUACUUUUUUAUAAGAAAACAAACUAAAUCAGAAUAAAACUAAACUAAAUGACACAUAUGGAGCAAUCAUUAGUGAGAACCUGAUAGAGAACAGCUGGUCAGGGCGGGGGGAGGAGCUUGCAGCUACAGGAGGAAAGGCUUCCGCCUGAGCUGACCCUGAAUCAGCUGGACCCACAUAUGAAAACACACAGACUCCACGCGGUCCGGUCAGAGGUGAGGAAACGUCCCGGAUCGAUCCGCUUUCACUGACAUGAGGCGUCUGAGCAGCGUUUGGCUGAGGAAGUGUAAGGACAAGGACAGAUGGAUGGAAAGAAGGACAAGUGAGCCUUCAAGGGGUGGAGAAGAGGAAGAGGACGAAGAGAAGACAGACCUGAGACAAAGACAGACCCACAGGCAGAUGCUUAGGACCUCUGAGCCAUGUGGACAAAUCGACAGAGAUGAAAAGACCGAGAAGAAAAAGAAUGAGAGGAGAGGGUCUGAGUUCAUGAUGGAGGAGGACAGGAGGAGGAUGGAGACGAGUAGAGGGACACAGCAGAGAAAGUCUACAUCCUGUUUCUUGGUGGAGGAUCCAGCUGAAGUUGGUAGGAAGACAGCGAGGCGCCGGUCAGAGCCCUGUGGUGUCCUGCAGGUCCAGGUUCUUCCUGUUUCCUGCAGGAAGAGAUGGACAGGACGCAGAAUGUCCUGUAACGAGGAGGUGAACAGGAGACAGGGGGACAGUCAUGUAACCAGGAGGACAUCCUCAUCAAACACCAACAGCCUGUCUUCCACUACUCCACUUGCUCCUCCACCCACUUAUCAGAAGGAGUUCAGUGGUUUUGAGCUGGAGACAUACCUCACGGAGCCACGGCGUCCAGAGACCAGGAGGCUGCGCUCAUUCUCCUCCCCACCUGAUCCUGGACUGGGAGCCUUCCAAGUCUCUUCUUUCUCCUCCACCUGCAGCCAGCCACCUCCUCAGGCUCCACCCAUGUUUGCGUCUCCAUCUAUGAAGAGGCUGGUGGAGGUUUCAGACGGCAUGUCGGACCAGCCGGACCUGGAUGAUGCCGCUUCUAACGAGUCAGAGAGGGACAUCUACAUGCGCUUCAUGAAAUGUCAUAAAUGCUACGACAUCAUCCCCACCAGCUCCAAACUGGUGGUGUUUGACACCACCCUGCAGGUGAAGAAGGCCUUCUUCGCUCUGGUGGCAAACGGCGUACGAGCUGCUCCACUGUGGGAGAGCAAGAAGCAAAGCUUUGUGGGAAUGUUGACCAUCACAGACUUCAUCAACAUUCUGACCAGAUACUACAAAUCCCCCAUGGUGCAGAUCUACGAGCUAGAGGAACACAAGAUUGAGACUUGGAGAGAGCUGUACCUGCAGGAGACCUUCAAACCCCUAGUCCACAUCCCACCUGAUGCCAGUAUAUUUGAAGCGGUCCACUCUCUGAUAAAGAACAAGAUCCACCGACUCCCUGUCAUCGAUCCCAUCAGUGGGAAUGCUCUCUACAUCCUGACCCACAAGAGGAUCCUCAAGUUCCUACAGCUGUUUGUGUGUGAGAUGCCAAUGCCAGCCUUCAUGAAGCAGACGCUGGAGGACCUGGCGGUGGGGACCUACUCCAACAUUGCCUACAUCCACCCCGACACGCCUCUCAUCACGGCUCUGUCCGUGUUCACACACCGCCGUGUCUCCGCCCUGCCCGUCGUGGACCACAACGGGAAGGUGGUGGACAUCUACUCCAAGUUUGACGUGAUUAACCUGGCGGCUGAGAAGACCUACAACAACCUUGAUGUGACGGUCACCCAGGCCCUCAGACACAGGUCUCAGUACUUUGAGGGAGUCAUGAAGUGCAACAAGCUGGAGACCCUGGAGACCAUUGUGGACCGUAUUGUGAAGGCUGAGGUUCACAGGCUGGUGGUCGUGGAUGAAGGCUCUCACAUCGUCGGCAUCGUGUCUCUGUCGGACAUCCUGCAGGCGCUGGUUCUGACCCCUGCAGGUCUGGGGAGGAAGGAGUCCAUCCCUAGUCAGUCUGCACCCUAUCAGAGACCAGAGACCGAGUGUAAACCUGAGCGAGACGAGGAGCCUGGAGAAGACACCAAGGAGGAGGGGGAGACAACAGGACAGGAGCUAGCAGAGGGGGAGACAACAGGACAGGAGCUAGCAGAGGGGGGGACAACAGGAGAGGAGCUAGCAGAGGGGGGGACAACAGGACAGGAGCUAGCAGAGGGGGGGACAACAGGACAGGAGCUAGCAGAGAGAGAGACAAAAGAGGGGGAGACAGCAAUGGGGGAGGCAGAAGAGGGGGAGACAACAGGACAGGAGCUAGCAGAGAGGGGGACAACAGGAGAGGAGCUAGCAGAGAGGGAGACAGAAGAAGGGGAGACAGCAAUGGGGGAGGCAGAAGAGGGGGAGACAACAGGACAGGAGCUAGCAGAGAGGGAGACAUCAGACAGGGAGACAACAAUGGGGGGGACAAAAGAGGGGGAGACAACAGGACAGGAGCUAGCAGAGGGGGGGACAACAGGAGAGGAGCUAGCAGAGAGGGAGACAGAAGAAGGGGAGACAGCAAUGGGGGAGGCAGAAGAGGGGGAGACAACAGGACAGGAGCUAGCAGAGAGGGGGACAACAAUGGGGGAGGCAGAAGAGGGGGAGACAACAGGACAGGAGCUAGCAGAGAGGGAGACAAAAGAGGGGGAGACAACAGGACAGGACCUAGCAGAGGGGGAGACAACAAUGGGGGAGGCAGAAGAGGGGGAGACAACAGGACAGGAGCUAGCAGAGAGGGAGACAAAAGAGGGGGAGACAACAGGACAGGAGCUAGCAGAGAGGGAGACAAAAGAGGGGGAGACAACAGGACAGGAGCUAGCAGAAGGGGAGACAGCAGAAGGGGGGACAACAGAGGGGGUGAAACAAGGUAGCGAGACAGCAGAGAGCAGGACACCAGGGCAGAAGACAGAGGGCAUAGAGGAGGCACAGACGAGGGAGCAGACAGGUAGAGGUGAGGAAGAGGAUGGUGAGGGGGAGAAGGCUGUGAUUGGGAAGCUGCUACAUGAGUGGGAGGGGCCUGAUAGUGACAGACACUUACUGGAGCCAAUCAGGGAUGUCUUAGUGGAAGACUUACCCUUCUGGAUCUCCGUUAUUCUGGGCGUUUUCCCCUGCGUGGCAGCAUUAACCUCCGGGAAACGCUCCAACAUCAGUUUCCCUCUGUUCCUGUCACCCUAUGGAGGAUCCAUCCUCAAUAGAGACUCCCAUAACACCGCCGCCGGCGGGGCUGUCGUAGUGGCCGCCAGGUUCGGCUCUGGAUUGCGCUGUCCUGUCAUUCAGCCGCCGGCGCCAUUGCAGUGCGCUUUGAUCAACGCACGCUCGAUCCGGAAUAAAACAUUCAUCUUGAAGGAUUUCUUCAUCGAUCGGGAGUUGGACGUCCUCUUUGUCACCGAGUCGUGGACUGUGCCGGGUGAGUUGGCACCUAUCGCCGAACUGUUACCUGCUGGGUGUGCCUACUUGAAUGUCCCCAGGCCAACGGGCCGCGGCGGGGGUUUAUUAACUAUUUUUAAGGCUAAUAUUCCCUGUCGGCCUACCUCCUACCUGGGAAAUUGUGACUUAUUCGAACUGUCCACCUUUGAAUUGGGAUUGUCUCCUCCAACACUUUGUAAGUUCCUGGUGGCUGAUGUUUGUAAUUUCAUUGACUCCUGUGGACUCACUCAGUUGGUUGACUUCCCCACUCAUGGGGGGUCUCACAUAUUGGAUUUAGUUUUUUCUUUUGGCGUUAAUGUAACAGAUUUUGUGUUUUCCUAUGAGGAUUCUUCUGAUCCUGAGAUCCUCCUAUCCCUCUUUUCUGCCUCUUGCACUUCCGUGCUCGAUCAGAUUGCCCCUCUAAGAUCCCGACGCUCCUGCGAUGGGAAUGUAGGAGAUCUUCUCCGUGAGGCCUGGAGGAAUUACCAACGCGUCGCUCGGAAGGCCCGUUUUGACUAUUUUGCUGCUAUUGUUACCGAGUUUUCGGGUAACCAGCGAGUCCUCUACUCCUCUGUUAAUGCACUUUUGUCACCCAACGUUCCUCUGCCUAAUACGUCUGAGGAAAGAUUCUGCCUCCCUCUCACCCAGAAGCCCCUGUUUGUUCUCCAUUAUAUUCCUCUGAGCGUUUUCCCCGUCUCUUCUUCCUCCCUAUGGAAGACAGAGGCUGCUAUGACGCCCUCUGGCUCUCCUUGUGAUGUUAUGCCCCCUCGCUUCCUGAAGGAAGUCUUCCCAGUUAUUACUCAACUGAUCCUGGAGAUCCUUAAUGCAAGCCUUAGGACGGGGAUUGUUCCCCAGGAGUUUAAGCAUGCGGUGUGUAACGUGAUGAAGGAGCUAUUCCUCCGAAGGUUAUUUAUUGAUAUGAAUAAGGUGAAGAAUGUGUGA